CAGACUAAUUAUUUAAUUUGAAAAUUAGAACCGGCACCAGAACUAGUUUUUAUAACUAAAGAAAGGGUGAUUUCGCCAAAUCAUGCAGAAUUUGGGAAUCAUGUUAUCAGUUUCAAAUUUUUGCUUGAAGAGAUCGCUUAGGGAGAUAAACGCCAUACGUACAUUGUCCGCUGUGUUUUGUGCCCCCUCCGAUUCGGACAAAAUGAAGGAGAUACGCAAAUUACCGGAAGUUCAUGGCGAAAAAUUCUAUUAUUUUGGAUUUGGCAGUAAUAUGUUGACCAAACGCAUUCACAUACAAAAUCCAACGGCAGUGAAAAUUGGACCGGGGAAAUUGGAGAACUAUCGCUUGGAUUUCAAUGAUUACUCUGGAAACUGGGAUGGAGCCCCAGCCACAAUUGUGCCACAUGAAAAUCGGACCGUUUGGGGUACAGUGUGGGAAAUCGAUUUGUCCAAUCUGGAUGACAUUGAUCACCAAGAAGGCGUCCACGAGGGCAUGUACGAGGCUAAAAGUGUACCAGUAACCUUGAAAUCAAACAACGAAGUUAUCAUGUCACGAGCCUAUCUAUUAACAGAACAACCUGAAAGUGAUUUUGAAGCAAUGUCAAUGCAAGAGAUUCCUGCCAAGAGAUUGCCCUCCAAAACGUACAUCCAGUGUUUGGUGAAAGGUGCCGUAGAAUCGGAAAUUGAUGGUGAAUAUGUGGAAUGGCUGAAGUCCUUGAAGCAUAAUGGCAAGGUGGCUGAGAAAAUGUCAAAUUAUUUGGAAUUAGCAAAUAUUGAAUUGAAAUCGUAGGAGUAUUAAAACUGUUUGGUGGAUAGUGAAAUAAAUCGUAUGUUGUGAUCGAUCGAAA